GGUAGGUAGUUUUGCAGACUGCUGCAUGUAUUACUCUGUUCUUUCUUGCGUAACUGGACGUACAAUUCCUUUAGCUAGCUCGUCUACACUUUUCUGAGAACUGGAAGGGCACUGCAACAACCAACCGUCGCCGAAUUUGGCAUGACUAGGCUCACAAAUUUGUUCAGGUACAUAUCUCGCCACGCCCCCAACAUGGCCCUGCCAGCAGCCACACUCCGAACCGGGGCACAGAUGCCUCUGCUGGGGCUAGGAACAGGGCCGGGAUCGGUCGGAACAUGGCAGACUUCCACCGAGCCUAUCUACGAAGCUGUGAAGGUUGCCAUAGAUACGGGGUACCGUCACAUCGACAAUGCUGAAUCCUACGCGGAAGAGCAGGCGGUCGGACGGGCACUACGGGAGAAGGUCGGCUCUGUGGUGGAGAGGAAGGAUAUCUUCAUCACCAGUAAGUUGUGGAACACGAGGCACCACCCCGAUGACGUCCUGCCUGCCUGUCAGAGGAGCCUAACCGACCUGGGACUAGACUAUUUGGACCUGUACCUCAUGCACUUCCCUGUAGCAUGGACGAGAGGGGAUGUGUACUAUCCUAAAGACGAGAAUGGCCGAGCAGUACUGGCUACUCCUGAUGUUCCCUUCAUGGACACAUGGAAGGCCAUGGAGAAGCUGGUGGAUGCAGGACUGGUGAAGGCCAUCGGUGUGUCCAACUUCAACAUCUCACAGAUGGAGGAGGUCCUGUCCAAUGGGAGGAUCAAACCAGCUGUCAAUCAAGUGGAGUCUCACCCCUACCUGGUGUGCAGCAAGCUUCUAAAAUGUGCUGCUGACAACAAUGUCGUCAUCACGGCUUUCAGCCCGCUUGGCAGACCUGGGGAGGAGAGCCUACAUGGUGUCAGUCCCCUCAAGGAUCCGAAGGUGAUUUCAAUUGCAGAAAAGCACAAGAAAACUCCAGCACAGGUGUGCCUCAGGUGGCAGGUACAGAGGGGCGUGGUCGUCGUCCCAAAGAGCGCCACACCUGCAAGGAUCCUGGAAAACUCUCAGAUCUUUGACUUUGAGCUGAGCACAGAAGACAUGGAAACGAUCUCAGGACUGAACAAAGAUGCCAGGAUUGUCAAGUUUGGGAUGUGUGAUGACCAUCCACAGUGGCCUUUCAAUGGAGAAUUCUGAGAUUAUUACUAGACGUAUAUUAUAUGAAUGGAAGGACUUUAUUGGAUUAAAUUUUAUAACUGUUACAAUAAUUUGGUCAAGCACAUUUCAUUAAAGGAGGAUCAGUCUUUAGAACUCGUGCUAAUUUGGGCAAGAUAAUGUUUCAUUUGUUGUCUGUAAUUUCAAUAAAAAUUGAUGGAAUAAGAGAAUUAAAUCAAA